UUUCGAUUUCAAACUUUGAAUAAACUAAAAGUCCAAGUCUAAGUGAAGAAGAUAUUUUCUCUUUUCCUUUUGCUUGUUUUGAAGCUUUGGGUUUUGAUUUUUGAUUCCGGAGGAACAAGAAUUUUCCAGGAUUGCUGAGCAAGAAAUCAUAAAUUAAUUCUAGAGAAGGACUUCUGAGAGAUUUUUUGACUUUAGAUUGGUCAAUUUUGUUUUCCUGAAGGUAUAACUUCUAUUAUAGUGUUGAAGCUUCUUGUAGUCAACUUGACAAAGGGUUUGACGAUUCUGUCCUUAACUGCUGAUAACUUCUCUGAGAUCUCUUCAUCGCAUUCAAAAGCUGAUGCCAAACUCAUAGCAUGGACGCACACCAGCUUUUCAGUUACGGUGUGACUGGUGCAAGCCUAUCCUACUCAACCUCUUAUUCAACUGUUCCUUCUAUACCUAAUCGGCUGUUUAGUUCUUUGAAAUCUGACAUAGGAAACUCACCCAACUCGCCCUUUUCGUCUCAAUUUGAUUCGCCCUUAUCGACUCAAUUUGAUUGUGAUACCAACACCACGUUGAGUGACAGCCAGGAGCAGCAUAGCUCCACGGAGAAUCUCUCGGGACUUAGCCCUUCUUGUAACUCUUCAUUUGAAUCUAACACUUAUUGCCAUAAAUUGAGUCCCUCUCUGGACUGCAAGCGUGAAAUCCUACCACUCUGUUCUGGUGGAACUUCUUAUAUACAGGAUGCAAAUUCUAGCCACAAAAUAAUAUACACUUUGCAGGAAUUAGAGACUGCACUAAUGGCACCUGAUGCGGAUGAAGAAGUAACCACCCCGAAUGUUUCCUGUGGAGAAAGUAGUAGACCACAGACAACAGGCCAGCGAUCUAGGGCAUGGAGUCAGGAGCACCAAGGAUCUUUGGUGCUUCAGCCUCAGACAUCCUUUGUUUCUAGGCAUAGGCAGUCAACUGAAGUUUCUCAUGCUGAGAAACGUCAGAAAGCAAUAGGGGAUUUGUCUUUGCAGGAUAUUCCACCUGGCAAUCUUAAGCAAUUAUUGAUUGUGUGUGCUCAAGCUCUCUCUGAAAACAAUAUGGAUGAUUUUGAUAAGUUGAUUGCGAAGGCCAGGAAUGCUGUGUCUAUCUGUGGAGAACCAAUCCAGCGCCUUGGUGCUUACAUGGUGGAAGCGUUGGUGGCAAGGAAGGAGGCAUCAGGGUCGAACAUAUAUCGUGCCCGUCGUUGCAGAGAGCCUGAAGGCAAGGACUUACUUUCCUACAUGCAGAUCCUGUAUGAAAUUUGCCCCUAUUUGAAGUUUGGCUACAUGGCAGCCAAUGGGGCCAUUGCUGAAGCAUGCAGAACUGAAGAUCGCAUUCACAUUAUCGAUUUCCACAUUGGUCAGGGAACACAAUGGGUGACCCUCUUGCAGGCGCUUGCAGCCAGACCUGGUGGAGCUCCUCAUGUCCGCAUUACAGGAAUUGAUGAUCCUCUUUCUAAAUAUGCUCGUGGUGGUGGAUUGGAAGCUGUUGGCAGACGUUUGGCUGCACUAUCUGAAAAGUUCAAUAUUCCAGUUGAGUUUCAUGGAGUGCCAGUUUUUGCACCGGAUAUCACGAGGGGGAUGCUUGAUGUCAGGCCUGGGGAGGCUCUGGCUGUCAACUUCCCUCUGCAGCUCCAUCACACCCCUGAUGAGAGCGUUGAUGUGAACAACCCUAGGGAUGGGCUUCUGCGAAUGGUAAAAUCACUUUCUCCCAAAGUUACCACAUUGGUAGAGCAAGAAUCAAACACAAACACAGCCCCUUUCCUCCCCAGGUUCAUAGAGACUCUGGAUUACUACUUGGCAAUGUUUGAGUCCAUCGAUGAGACACUGCCAAGGGACAGAAAGGAGCGAAUUAAUGUGGAGCAGCACUGCCUGGCCAGAGAUAUUGUGAAUGUCAUUGCUUGUGAGGGAAAGGAGAGGGUGGAGCGCCAUGAGCUCUUUGGUAAGUGGAAGUCUAGGCUAACAAUGGCAGGAUUCCGGCAAUACCCUUUAAGCUCUUAUGUGAAUUCUGUGAUAAGAAGCCUGCUGAGGUGUUACUCAAAGCAUUAUAAACUGGUGGAGAAGGAUGGCGCAAUGUUGCUGGGCUGGAAGGAUAGGAACCUUAUAUCGGCUUCUGCUUGGCACUGUGACAGCUGAGAUUCAUACAAUACAAAGGUAGAAUAGAAAUAAUCAGCUCAUUUUUUUAUAGGUUACAGAUGAUAGAUUAGCUUUGUCCUAUGGUAUGAUGGAUGAUGACACUGUAGUAUCAGCCAUCGGAUUUGUUGAAUGAUGGUGCAGAACUUCAUUAUGAUCCGAAAGGGUGACUCUUCUGAUAUAACUCUUCUCAUACCAUUAGACAAUCACUACUGUUGUUUCGUAGAUACCUCGUUCCCUUUGUUCAUUUUUUUCUUUUAUAGGAUUCGAUGUACCCUUUCAUGCAGGAUGUAAAAGAAUAUUGAGGGAUGCAUUCCAUUCUGUUUAUGGUUCAUUGUAUGUAUGUAGCACGGCAGACAUGUAUCCCCUGGUAUAAUACAUGAAAGAGAGAAUACAACUAUAGCAACUUCUUAUUCAUUGUUUUUUCUUGCA